AUGUCAACAACGAAGCAACAUCCCGAACUGCUACGAGAGGUACUAGCUGCCGCACCUCUACUACACCUCGUGCCACGGCAGAAUGUGGCACCCUUGAUCCAUCUACGGCUGUUUGUACCGCUGCCCGAUGCAGCUGUAUUCACUGAGGGUGUAUGUAAAGAGAUCGAGGCAUUUGAUGCUACGGAUGAACUACGACGCUUUGAAAAGGAGUGUCAGCAAGAGUUGUUGGCCUUUCUGGAUGGUGAGUUGGACGAGGUGAAAUUUAAAACACAUGCUGCUACUGACGAGUUACCUGUAGAGUUGGAAUACACUGCAUUUGAAAAACAAGUUUUGGCCAAAGAAAUUUUAAAAGACGGCACGGUUGAGUUUGCAAAAGAGGAAGUGGUCAAGAUGGAUGAGCUUUCUGUAGAGACUGAUUUGCCAGUGUAUGAUUCUGAAAAAUUGGCGCAACAUAAUCAGAAAUAUUUCAGUAAAUUCCAAAAUGAGAUGACAUCAAUAAAGAGCUUAGAUGAUGUUGAUGCUGCGGGUCAUAAACUUUGUUCCGUGGCGAAAGCAACACCUGUGCAUGUGGCCAUAAAUAUACCCAAGAAUAGCGAGCUGCUACGAAAUAAACAGGAAGGAUUGUUUGCUCCGUUUGUUGCAUCGAACGAGACCCCCGGAAUGACCUUGGCCAGCAUGGGCCUGCUUUGUCGAUUAUUACAAAAACCAAUUCAACCAAACGACAACGAUUUGGAAAUUUUGCUUGUUGUGCAAAAGAAAUGUGAAGAACAAGUGCAACUUUCGUAUGACAAAUUGAAACUGGAACUGGAACUGCAGGUAAUGAACAAGGAUGAAAAGGUUCAAGAUGAAGUUCAAGAUGAGCAAUUUGAAAUUCUGCAAGCUUUAUCCAUGCUUAGUAUUGUUUUCGCAUCCCGCAGUAUAUUGCUGAUUCUUAAAUUGAUUCCGGUCCAAAAUAUCAAUACCGGUUGCGUGAUAUUGGGCCUUGAAUUGGUAAUUGACCAACUCAUAGUGUCAAACAAGGAAAAGGCGAAUGUACCAAAAGAAGAUCCAAUUGAUGACGCGGCGGCGGCGCUGGUUUUGGUAAGCACCCAGCGCAGUGUGCUCACAGAAGUGAGCAAUUGCUUCAAAGAUUUUGCAUCCAUUUGCCACCUUCGACCGUUUGAUGAUACACACUUGACCAAACUUGAAUCAGUCUGCAUCAAAUUGGCCCCUCUGCCCGAGUUUGAAGAUAAAGCUGUUUUCCUACCAUGGGACCAGCUUCGUUUAUCUUGUAUGACUCUUCUCGUGUCAAUCUUCAAGAAAUUGCAAGAUCAGAGAUUAUAUUUGUUGAUGGAAGUUCUCCAUUGUUUCCCAGGUCUAUCGUCGAAGCAGAAAAACAUUGGCAAAAUGUUUAGCACCGAUCGCGGUUUCAAGUGCCAGUUUUUCUCUGUUACACUUGUCAAGUUUCUUCACUUGUCCGAAAAUCCUCAUGUCGUGGCCGACCAUAUAGCUACAGAAUGCAUCAAGAUGAUUGAAAAUGACCCCACGCGUGUGCAGCAGCUUUUGUUUAAUUUUGCAGAAGACCUUUUGAAAUUGGCAAUGUACCCUGAGUGGUUGGGAGCAAAAAUGAUUCUUUCAAGUCUUUUGCAUCAGGCUGUUGCAAUUUUAUUGCCAGAUCCAAAUGAUGAUGCAAAGCCUGCUGAACAACAGCUUUGGGAUUUCAUGCUAUCGAUAUCAGAGAAAGUCAUCCUGCUAAAUUUUAAAGCUGAUACUGUUAUCGACGAGCGUGCACUUUGUGAGAUAGUGUCAAAUUGUCGAAGUUUCGAUAAAGAUGACGCGGUUGAAUUUCUAAAAGCAAACUUGCGCAAGCUUGCUGGGUUCGUUGUUAUCGACAACGGCGAAACAACGAAAAGCGAAAGCGAAAGCGAAACAAGAAAAAGAAAAAGUAGUGGAAAUAACGACGGAGUCAACAAGGCCUACCACUACCUUAUUAUACGAGAGCUACGCACUUUUCUAUUAUUUGGCAAAUAUUCCAAACUCGUGCAGGACCUGCUCAACUGCAAGAGGGCAAGAGUUCGCAGCAAAGCCAUCAAGGCAUUGUCCGUUUUAGCAAUUGAAGAACCGGACGUGAUAUCCCACCUUCAUGUACAGAAAUCGUUGGCAAACGCUAUUCAAGACCAAGCUGCCACGGUGAGGGAUGCAAUCAUUGACUUUGUCGGUCGCUAUAUCAAGGCCCAUCCCGUUGGGGGCGAAAUAUUACUUUCGCCGUUGUUCUCAUCAUUGAGUGACAAGAGCACUCUUGUGAGAAAAAAGAGUAUUCAGUUAUGCAUGGGCGUUUACCAUCAGCUUGACGAUCAGCAUCAACUCAAAGUGAGCUUGAGAAUUUUUGAAAAACUUGGUGACGACGAAGAAAGUGUUUGCAAUGAAGCCACAGAGGCCCUCAUGCAGAUCUAUUUCCCCACGGACGGCAAACAAUUGAAUUUUGUAAAAUUAUCGAGAUGGAUUAAACUAGCAUUGGAUCUUAAUGGGGAAAAAUUAAUGUCCUUUUUGCGCAAAGCACUUUGCAAUAAUGACAAGCUCGUUGCCGUGACUGACUCUUAUAGCGACAUGGCCUUGAGUUCUGCUUUAAGCGAGGACAAUAAAACUGGUGGCUUGCGCGUUCUAUUCUUGUUCACAAAAGUGAAACCCUCGUUGAUCACACAGGACAGGUUGGAGAUGUUGAAGCCGAUUUUGGUUGAUCCUGCAAAUGGAGAUACAGAGGAGUACUGGUAUGCAUUGAAGAUUUUGAAUUGUGGAACCAAAGUGCUUCGCGUUUUCCGCUCAAAUUUUGUGGAAGAAAUCAUCAAUCUUCUCUUGAAAAGGUUGCCAACGGCAACCAAGAGAGAAAUGACCGAGUCAAUCCCCGUGUUAGCCACCUUGACCAGGUACAACCACACGGAGUACCGAAUGGUUAACGCCACCACCGCCGUCAUGAACAGACUCAAGUCUGUCUUUACCACACCGAAUAACCACGUUAUGGUGAACAAACUACUUCAAUUGCUUGCUUAUUUUGCCAAAUACUGCAAUUUGGAAUCGCUAGAGCAAGAGUUUCGGAAUAUUGGAGCUUGCACUCGUGAAGAAGACAGAAUAAUGAAGUUGAUUGGUAUGUACAUUAUGAUCUUCACGGCACAUGAAAAAAUGCCCAUUGAGAUUACCAGAGUGGCGUACCCCUGCAUCAUCGUGUGCAUGACCAAUGAUCCCAAGCAUUUGUUGACAGACCAGAUUAUGGAGAGAUUCGAUGCCAUGUUUUAUUAUGAAACUGAUUUCGAGUUGAAAAAGAGGGUGAUUCAAGAGUUUAUCAUUUUUCUACAGGAGAAUGGAGCUGGUCUAGAUCAGCGUGCAGUUUCCGACGGGUCCAACCUGGACUAUACUCAAUUGAAUGGAUUGAAGCUGCAGCAGCAACAGCAACAGCAACAGCAACAGCGGCAACAGGCAUGCACUGUGCUAGUGCAGAAAAGUUUGCAGCACAUUUUGGCACUUUGUCUCAUUGACGACGGACAGAUGGCGUUUAUGCCUUUUGGGUUUGUUGCAUUGGCUCUAGAUUUGGGCUAUGCUAAUCCAAUCUUGUGCGUAUCCACCUUGAUUGCUUUGCAAGGAUCCCCGCAGGCUGUCGCGAGACGUGCAGCUCACGAAGUUUACGUUAAAUUGUUUGAUAAGCAUCGGUCCUUAGUGGAUACCCAUUAUCAACACGGAAUUAAACUCGCUUUCGAAUCAGAGUUGACUGCUAUUGAUAUGUUUAGACUAUUGUACGCACCAGGACAAGAUUCCAAACUAUCAAGAAACAAGUUUGUCAAGGCGUUGACCAAACUGUUGACUCCUAAGCCUAGAAACAAUUAUCAAUCAGAAUUGAAGAUGCUCAUUUUUGUGGUUGAACGCAUGACUCGAAUACCGUUCAAGACAGUUGAAGAAAUCUACAUCAUCAUGGACCACCUACAGUCGAGCGUGCAAGAAAGUGCAUCCGAUUUCAUAUUGGACUGGCAGUCACAAGCAUUGGCAAUCAAGAAAGAAUUGGCGUAUUACUGGGCAUUGAGCAUUUUCUUGCUCAAUGAUUUUUGCAAAUACCUAGCGGAAACGUAUCACAUCAAAAUGGAGGAUGUGGAAAAUUUUGGCAAUAGAUGCUUAGAAUACAAUCCUAAUCAAGCCCCCAAAAAAUUCAAAAAUGCGCCAUUGAAUUUGAAAUGGGUUUUUGAAAAUGCAAAUGAGGCGAAUGCUGAGAAUGUUUUUGAAACGUGCAUGAAGGAACUAGAAAAGAUUUGUUUGAUUUAUAAGAGCCACGAUGAACUGACCGAUUAA